AUGUCGCUGAGCGAUCACCCGCGAGCCUACGGCUCCGCGGCGCUGGUGGCUGCCUUUGCUGCCGGCAUACUCGUAACACUGGGCUUCAAAGACGCCUAUCCCGAUCUCGAGAGCCGCUUCCAGGAAAAGCACCGCGGGGCGGGCAGUCGCCGCAAAGGUCUGCGUCCCCGACGCUCCAGCAUAUUUUGGGGCGCGCCUGUGACGCUCGAGGACCAUGAGCAGGAGUCAUCGCGCCGGUCAGACGGCAUCGCCGAGGACGGCAUCGUAGGCUGCAUCGGCAACACGCCGCUGAUCAAGAUCCAAUCCCUCUCCGAAGCCACGGGGCGGACCGUCCUCGCAAAAGCCGAGUUCCUCAACGGUGCCGGUAACAGCCCCAAGGACCGGGUGGCGCUGAGCAUCAUCCGCGCGGCCGAGGCGCAGGGACUCUUGACGCCGCGCCGCGGCGACACCAUCUACGAGGGCACCGUGGGCAGCACGGGCAUCUCGCUGGCGACGCUCGCCCGCGCCCUCGGCUACCGCGCGCACAUUUGCAUGCCCGACGACCAGAGCCGCGAAAAGUCGGACCUCCUGCUGCAUCUCGGCGCCACCGUCGAGCGCGUCCCCGUCGCGCCCAUCACCAGCCCGGACCACUUUGUCAACCUGGCCCGCCGCCGCGCCGCCGAGCACGCCGCCGCACACGCCGACGGCAGCCGCGGCUUCUUCGCCGACCAGUUCGAGACGUCGGCGAACUGGCAGGCGCACGCCGACACGACGGGCCCCGAGAUUUGGCGGCAGACGGGCGGGCUCGUCGACGCUUUCGUGGCCGGUGCCGGCACCGGCGGCACCGUCGCCGGCGUCGCGCGCCAUCUCAAGCACCGCGAAGACAAGGCAAAGAGCAGCAGCGUCCGCAUUGUGCUCGCGGACCCCCAGGGCAGCGGCCUCUAUAACAAGGUCAAGCACGGCGUCAUGUACUCGCCGACGGAGCGCGAGGGCACGCGUCGCCGGCAGCAGGUCGACUCCAUGGUGGAAGGCAUCGGCGUCAACCGCGUCACGGCCAACUUUGAGGCCGGCCGCGACCUGAUUGACGACGCCGUCAAGGUGACGGACGAGCAGGCCUGCCGCAUGGCGCGCUGGCUGGUGGAAAAGGACGGCAUCUUUGUGGGCAGCAGCAGCGCCGUCAACUGCGUGGCGGCCGUCGUCACGGCCCGGACGCUGCCGCCGGGGAGCGUGGUGGUGACGGUGCUGUGCGACUCGGGCACCCGCCAUCUGAGCAAGUUUUGGAAGCACAUUGAGGAGAUGGGCCGGGACGAGGAUGAGCCCGCGGACCUGUUUGCCGAGCUGGGCCUGGAGCAGCAGGCGGAACAGUAA